UUUUUUGGUAAACUAAAGAUAUGCAUUUUUAAUAAUGCGCAAAAGCCACUUUAUGUCCUAGCCAUUCUCCAAGAAGUUGCUUUUUGCUAACAUUGAGUAAUGAAUAAGAUAACUGUAUAAGCAAAAAAAAAAAGUAUAAGAUUACUGCUGGAGAAAUUGAGUUUGACUGAUCAACAAUGGCCUACUACAGAUCCAGCUAUCUUGAGGAUGAUCUUGGUGAGUACAAUCUUACCCCUUAUGGUGAUAGUUAUGAUUCAGUUCCAAGUCAUGGCUUAAUGGAUUAUUAUCCUAGCUAUGAUUCCAACAAUUAUCAGUUCUUUGAGUAUAACUCAAUCCCUUGUUAUAGUGCUUACAAUCCUCCACAUAGCUAUUCAUCAGUUGCAUAUUCUACCUCUACAUUCAGUGAGCCUAGAUGUAUUGAGUAUGACCCUCAUGUUUAUGGUGGGGAUUACAAUCCUGGUUUGACUCAAUUUGUGAUAUCUUACUCUACUGUGGAGUUUAAUGUACCUGAAUUUGAUGAUUAUGAUCCAACACCUUAUGGUGGUGGUUAUGAUAUAGCUCAAAACUAUGGCAAGCCCCUUCCAGCCUCAGAUGAAAUUUGUUAUCCUCGAUCUAUGCCACCGGAUCCAAAUGCUGUCACUUCUGGGUCCAUCGCAUUGCCUAGUGGGAAAGAGGAAACUGGUGCGCUGGCAGAAAAACCUCAAAAUGGAAGCAAACAAUCCUUGGCGAAUGAAGAAGAGCAGCAAUUACAUGAUAUCAGUGACAAAGGCCUUGACAGUCACAAAGACGAACCUUUUCAAGCAGAUGGGAGUGGAUAUGGAAAUGGAAUAGCUGAAGAGCAUGGUUAUGAAUCUUAUGACAAGCCGGUGCCCGAACCUCCUAGUGGAUAUGGCUUGGAAGCCAUGGACCUUUGUGAAAGUUUAUUUGGUUAUUGGCCUUGUUUGUCUCGUGAGAAAAGGAGAUGUGAUCGUCAAUAUUGUGCCGAUGAAGGAAGCAACAGCGACCCAUGGAAGGGAACUGCAGAAUAUCUCUUUGGAAGUUCAAAUCCAUAUGGUGAAAGAAGGGCUGUUGAAGGUAGCUAUGUGGAUUCUAAUUAUGGCUAUGAAAGGCAUUAUCAGGAGCAGCCUCUCUAUAGGCAGGUUUAUUAUGAUGAGUAAUUGAUUAUUCAAUGUUCAUAGAUGAAUAAAUUCAGGAUAUUAAGACUGCAAAAAGUUGCAAUUUUUUCCUUCUGAUUUCAAGGAUGAAAAAAAAAUUGUCAUGUAUUGUUUGGA